CUAUCCCCGAUCCGAUCGAACAAGGCGUCAUUCCCCAAUUUUCUCGUUCUUUCUCGCGCCUCACUUUCGGAUUCUUUGGUGUUGCUUCUGAUCUCAGACUGGAUCGGUUUCUAGGGAUUGAUGUCGCAGCGGUUCCCGCUGCGAAGAGAGCGAUGGAGAGGAAGAAGUAUCCGAUCCGCGCUGAGGAUUACCAGCUGCGCGAGCCGGUGGGGCAGGGGGUCAGCGCUUCGGUCUACCGGGCGCUUUGCAUUCCCCUUGACGAGGUCGUCGCCAUCAAGGUCGUCGAUUUCGAGAGGAAUAACAGCGAUCUGAACAACAUCUGUCGGGAGGCACAAACUAUGAUCUUGAUAGACCAUCCUAAUGUUCUCAAGGCACACUGCUCCUUUGUGAAUGAUCACAAUUUAUGGGUUGUCAUGCCUUACAUGGAGGAAGGGUCUUGCCUGCACAUAAUGAAGUCUGCUUAUCCCAAUGGCUUUAAAGAAUCUGUAAUUGCAACAGUGUUACGUGAAGUACUGAAGGGAUUGGAAUAUCUUCAUCACCAAGGGCACAUUCACCGUGAUGUAAAGGCUGGGAAUAUUCUAGUUGAUGCACGAGGUGGCAUUAAACUUGGAGAUUUUGGUGUUUCAGCUUGCCUUUUCGAUUCCGGUAACAGGCAAAGAUCAAGGAAUACAUUUGUGGGGACACCUUGCUGGAUGGCCCCUGAGGUGAUGGAGCAACUGCAUGGUUAUGAUUUCAAGGCUGAUAUAUGGUCUUUUGGAAUUACUGCUUUGGAACUUGCUCAUGGUCAUGCUCCUUUUUCAAAAUAUCCUCCAAUUAAGGCCUUGCUGAUGAACUUGCAGAAUGCUCCACCAGGCCUUGAUUAUGAAAGUGACAAAAAAUUCUCAAAGUCUUUUAGGGACAUGAUUGCUUUGUGCAUGGUGAAGGAUCCUUCAAAAAGACCUACUGCACAUAAGCUGUUGAAACAACCAUUCUUCAAGCAAGCCAGAUCUCAGGACUACAUAGUACGAAAAAUUUUGGAUGGGUUGCCUACACUAGGUGAUCGCCAUCAAGCCUUGAAGGAGAAGGAAGAAGAUUUGCUUGCACAGAAGAAAAUGCUCGACAAUGACAAAGAGGAGUUAUCACAGAGGGAAUACAAACGAGGAAUUAGUGCAUGGAAUUUUGACAUUGAGGAUCUGAAAGCUCAGGCUUCAUCGAUUCUGGAAAAUAAUGAAACUACAGGAUCAAAUGGAUGCCAAAUGUUUGGGAUUCAUGCUUUGCAAGAAAGAAUAUCAGAAAGUGCAUCUUGUUCAUCAAAGGAUGAUGAUGAUGAUGUGAAAAAAGAGGUGUUGGAUGAAUCAACUCUCUCGUCGCCUUAUCAACCUGCAUGCUACCAGAGAAUUGUUAAUGAAUUAAUACUUGUUAGUCCGAAGAAACAAAAUCAGCACGAAAAUAUUGGAAAUUACAAUGGAGAGUUUCAAAAAGCAACUGAUAUACCUACUGAAGUGGCACCUAAAUCAUCCAAAUCGACAGCAUUGUGUAGGAAACCUCCACCAUAA